CGCCGACUGGUAGCUUUCGGCAAUGUUGUUAUCAGAAUGAUAUCGCAGCGGGGAAGCGGGGAUUUCGCUCGUUUUUACACCGUCACGGAUCCCACGAAGCACCGCAAAGGCUACACGGUUUACAAAGUCACCGCGCGGAUAAUUUCUCGGAAGAACCCAGAGGACGUCCAAGAGAUAACUGUAUGGAAAAGGUACAGCGAUUUUCGGAAACUUCAUCACAACCUCUGGCAGCUACACAAGAAUGUUUGUAGCCAAUCAGAACUUUUUCCUCCCUUCGCCAAGGCUAAAGUGUUCGGUCGCUUUGAUGAAUCGGUAAUAGAGGAAAGAAGACAGUGCCUGGAGGAUCUGCUGCAGUUCUCCGCGAAUAUUCCCGCUUUGUACAGCAGUCAGCACAUCCAAGAGUUUUUUAAGGGAGGCGAAGUCCACGACGGGUCGGAACUCAUCGGACCGUCCGAGCCUUUCUCCGACUUCCUUGCUGACAGUUUGUCAGACUGUAGCUCGGAUGUGCAACGUGACCUCAGUUGUGCUGAAGAUUUGACAAUCACAUCCGAGUAUGGAGGGCCGUUCAGCGACAGCAGCGACUUGAACUCCCUGGCUGUGGAUACCGACUCUUUAACCGGGCUAGACGAUGGCAUGGCCUCGGGUCGUGCCUCCCCGAAUCAGCCGCACGGGGGAGCCGCCAGUGUUAGCAGCAGCAGCAGUAGUCCUCGCUUGCCCUCCCUGCAUGACCAUCGUCGCACCCCGUCGCCCGCUUUCGGUUCCCCCUCCCCGAAGCCCGAGGUCAGCCGGCCCGGCCGCGUGUCGCUGUUCUCCAAGAAAAGCGGCAAUCGCAAGGAGAAGCUGAAGGCAGACUACCUGGAUAAAGCCGGCGAGCUAAUCCGAGUGGCUGCGCUGAAAGAGAAGGAGCAGGACUACCAAGCGGCGUUUUCCUUCUAUAGCAGCGGCGUAGACCUGUUGCUUCAAGGUGUUCAAGGCGAGUCCAGUCCCACGCGACGAGAGGCAGUGAAGAAGAAGACCGCCGAGUACUUAAUGCGAGCAGAGCAAAUAUCCAGCCAACAUCUAAGCAGCAGCAUGGGUCAAGGGUCAGCGCAAACAGUGGUGUUGGGUGCGCAGUGCUGUGCAUCAACCAGCAGAGGGAACCAGCAAAGUCUUUCCGAUGAUCUCAACGCUUAUAGGGUGUUGGGUAUCAUUGAUAAGGUUCUUUUGGUCAUGGACAAGAGAACGCGAGAGAUGCUGGUCGUGAAAGGUUUGAGAAAGAGCAGCGACUGCAGCCGACUCAAACAGACGGUCAUGCCUCGAUGCGUUCCCUACAUGGUGCAGCUAAAGAAACUGGUUGACACCGAGGACACCGUCUUCCUCUUCCUGCAGCACGCCGAGGGUGGAAAGCUGUGGUCUCACAUUGCAAAAUACCUGCGGAAUUCCACUCCGGAAGAGACUUUUGAUAUCCCUUUCAUCCAAAAGAGCCAUAAAGCAGCCGUACACUCGCCCCAAUUUGCCACGCCCGAUUUGGACUCUGCAAGCUCCGACCCCGUUACUGGUUCUCCGGUGCGUUUACCAAACAAGGACGUAAAAAAGCUACCCACCUCGCCUUGUAUGAGUAAACUCUCCACCCGGUUUACCAAAACGGUCACACCACACUUAGACUCAGGCGCCACCUCUGAAGAGGAGUGCACCAACAGUUAUUUAACGCUUUGCAACGAAUACGAGCAAGAUAAAGUGGAACCGGACGCUCUGGAAGAAGACGAAGCGAGAAGCGAGGAAGUGUCGCUGGACGCGCCGACGGCUUCCUCGCUUCUGAGCAACGACAGCCUUUUCGACGAUCGCGGCGAAGGGCCGCACCCGCUGUCUCCGGAUCAAUCCAAACACACGCUAAUGGAGUUUUUCCGCAUCGACAGCAAAGACAGCGCGAGCGAGGUGACUUGCUUAGACUGGGCAGAUCAACAGCAGCCGCCCGACUUUCUGACAUCCGACGUCGUCGAAGACCUUCCGGAGCUGGCUCUGGAGGUCAAAGGUCACAGUGCACACCUUUGGGGCUUAGAUUACAGCGAUAAAGACUCCAACGAGUCAGUGCCGGUCAUUUCUUUUAAAGAGGCGGUCGAUGAGGAUGAGGGUCACCCGCCGGACCUUUUGGUCAACCUGCCUUUAAUGAACGCGGCCGUGGAAUCUAAACGAGAGGAAUUGGAAACGUCCGCGCCGCGUGCAGGCCUUGAGGUCGCGACUUCGCCUCAAAGGUCCAUCAAGCCGGAUGUUUUACUGCUUCCUAGCCAGCCGGAGCCUGAAGAGCAGCAACCUUCGUCUUUGUGUGAAUCUUCAGACGCCUUGACCUCACUGUGGGAUGACUACAGCUUGACUUUUGGACAAAAAGACAGCGAACCAGAUGAACUUUCAAGCCAAAAUAAUGACUCUUUGCUGGAUCCGAGCCUAACAGAGGCAGCUUCACUUAAUGAAAAAGCAAUUCACACAGACGGAAAAGCGAACAUUGAACCUCAGGCUCGUGAGAAAUCACCAGUUACGCCCAACAGAGUUGAACUAGACGAAGUGUCGCGGCUGUUUUCAGAGCUGGAUGAGUUGUCGCUCGCCGUAUCGCACGCUCGGAUUCCGGAGGCGUUUGUUCGAUGUUGGGCCGUAGAGAUGGUGACGGCGCUGGAUUGUCUGCACCGGGAGGGCAUCGUUUGUCGGGACCUCAAUCCUAGUAACAUCUUGCUCGAUCGACAAGGGCAUGUUCAGCUGACUUACUUCUGUCGCUGGAGUGACGUGGAAGAGUCGUGCGAUAAAGAGGCCUGUGAGAACAUGUACUGCGCACCAGAGGUGGGAGGCAUUGGCGAGGAGACGGCAGCGUGCGAUUGGUGGAGUUUGGGCGCCAUCCUCUUCGAGUUGCUGACAAGCACAUCGCUGCUCCAGUGCCAUCCAGCAGGAAUCGGGCGACACACGGCGCUUAACAUCCCCGAGUCGGUGUCCGAGGAAGCCAGAUCGCUACUGGAACAGUUGCUGCAGUACAACCCUACGGAAAGACUCGGCGCGGGAUUGGCCGGCGUGGACGACAUCAAAUCCCACCCCUUUUUUGCCAAAGUGGACUGGACCAAGUAG